AUGUCUGUCUUGUUUACUUCCAUAUCACCGGAUAACCCGGUGAAGAAAACCGAUGCGCACGAACUUCUAGAGAAAGUGGGCAUCUCAAUUGACCCCAGCGAGGAAGAUGACUUCCAGAUGCUCCUGGCAGCAGUGCACGACUGCGCAGAGACGGUCGCGGAUAUGCCAGAUUACCAGCCAAAACCAGACUUCGAUAGGUAUCCACGCCAGAAUAUGCGACGUCCAUCGGAAGAAGAGCAGGCGCUAGGAAACGCGUGGGUACACAAGUUCCUAAUCAAGGGAACCCCAGAGGGAGGAUCUCUCACGGGUAAAACCGUCAGCCUGAAAGAUGUGAUUGCAGUUGCUGGGGUGCCCCAAUUCCAAGGGAGCGAUGUGAUUUCAUCCUGGACGCCGAACACAGACGCAACUGUUGUGACGCGGGUGCUCGAUGCAGGCGCUGAUAUCGUGGGCACCACGGCGUGUGAGAACUUGUGCCAUUCGACAUCGUCAUUUACGAGUGCGCAGGGCAUUGUGGACAAUCCAUAUGCUGCUGGGUAUUCUGCUGGUGGAAGUACCUCUGGUGGUGCGGCUUUGGUUGCCGCUGGGUUAGUGGAUAUCACCAUUGGUGGUGACCAGGCGGGGAGUAUCAGAGUACCUUCAGCGCUGAGUGGAUGCGUUGGACUCAAGCCCACCUUCGGCUUAGUACCAUAUAGCGGGAUUGCGAGUGGUGAUGCUAUGGACGACCACGCAGGACCGCUCGCCAGAACAGUUCUGGAUAUUGCACUCUGCCUAGAUGCGAUCAGCGGUUAUGAUGGUAUUGAUGAUAGGUCAUUGGGAAGUCCAAAGCAUGGCUCCGCCACUUAUGCUGCUACUCUUCAAGCAGCACCCACAAAACUCGAAGGGUUCAAAGUCGGGAUUUUGAUAGAGGGAUUUGGGCACAGUAUCGUGGACCCUACAGUCAGGUCGACUGUAAUGGGUGCCGCACGCAAAUUUGAAGACCUAGGAGCGACUGUCGAAGAUAUUUCGCUCCCCGAUCACUUGAACGGACCCGCCGUCUGGACCAUUCAGUCCAGAGUUGCAGGCUCAAUGAAUCUCCUCGGACAAGCGCAUGGAAGAAGAGGCCUUGGUUUGACAGAAAUGGAGCGCAAAAGACUCCCCUGGACGAUAGAAAGUUUUCAACGAGCGUUCCCAACGACCCAGAACGUGAUGAUCAACGGCCUUUAUCUUAUGUCUCGAUUCCCGGAACUUUAUGCCAAGGCAAACAACAUCGGCCGGAAACUUCGCGACUUGUACGAAGAGAUUUUUGAGAAGUAUGAUGUUGUGGUCAUGCCUACAACGCCUAUUGUUGCGCCGAAACAUGGUACGCGUGGCUUUCCCAUGGAGUCGAUUAAGCCUAGUAUGGGGCUUACGAUAAACACGGCGGUCUUUAAUCUCACUGGCCAUCCUGCAAUGUCUAUUCCAGACGAUGAAAAGGUACUCUUACCCGUGGGGAUGGAAAUUGUUGGAGGGUUGUGGCAAGAAUCGAAGGUCCUGAGGGCUGGUCAUUCGUGGGAAACUCAUUUCAAUUGGAAAGAGAUGGCGUCGAACGAGCAGGACUAA